CCAAAAAAAAAAAAUUGUAUUAGGAAAAACAAAAAUAAAAUCUCUCCUCUCUCUCGAGAUUUUUGCAUUUGCGCUGAGCGGAAGAGAGAGAGAGCAUGUAUUUGACGAGUUUCAGACACCACCGGAGCUAGAAAUCUGGUAAUGGGGAGAGAACUUAUAGACAAACAUAUGGAUAAGAAGACAAAUAGUUUGACAGCUAGCUCAACCGGAUCUUCGGAUGAUAAUAAAGUCGGUAGUCCUUCGACUAUCGAAACCGCGGAGGUUAAGGAAUGCACUGAGCAGAACUUGGUUGCUGAUGAUGGUAAUGAUGUUCAUACUAAGCAACAAGGUGUAACUAUUGAUACACCUGAUGACCAGAAGAAGAAACUAAACUCGUCUUUAGUUAAAACUCGUGCUACCGCGAAAGUAACUGUCCCAAAGCCGUUUUCUUUGUCGGCUGAGAAGCCUAGAAGAGCUGGAUUUGAUAAUCAUUCAUCCGCGUCGAGAGUUUCGCAGCUAAAUUCUCCUUUACCAGCUAGGAGGACAAUGGAUCACAAGAAGCAACAUGAUGAUGAAGAUAGUUUUUCUAUUGCUUCCUCAUGUGCUACAUCCGUAAGAAGUUUUAAACCCAAGUUAACAGUUGGAGUUGCUCCAACAUUUACUAGCACAGCGAGGCUGGAGAGACGAAGAGAGUUUUACCAGAAGUUAGAGGAGAAACAGAAGGCGCUUGAGGCCGAGAAAAGAGAGAACGAGAAAAGGCUCAAGGAAGAGCAAGAAGCAGUCACUAAGCAACUCAGGAAGAACAUGGCUUACAAAGCUAAUCCAGUACCAAGUUUCUACCAAGAGGGUCCUCCACCGAAACAACCUUUGAAAAAGUUUCCUCUGACUCGGCCCAAAUCACCAAACCUUAACCGCAGAAAGAGUUGCAACGACACAGUUAGCUCAUCAUAUCAAGAGGUGAAAGGGAAGCAUUGUGCUCGACAUCGUCACAGUGCAGGUGUCUACAAGGAAGAAACCAAAGCAAACAAUAUCCCGAGGACACCAAAUAGCAGCAGCAAAGAUCAUAUGAGAAAGUCCACAAAGGAAACACCAAAGUCUGAAGAAGUGCGUGGAAAAUUUGCAGGAAAGAACAAGAAUCUCUUUGAUGGAGAGACAGAUGAGAAUGAGGUUGGGGUUGUGGAGUGAAGCGCCGUGUAGUUGUAGUUUCGUUUUGACUAACUUGGAGAAGCAACUGCAAGGAGAACAUGUUUUAGAGUGAAGAAGCAAGUUUAAAGUUUCAGGUUUUUUUGGUGUUGUUGUCUAAUGUUAUCUAAGAUUUGAUUGUUCUGAAAAUUUGAUUGCUAAAUCAGCUGCUCUAUAUUUCGUUUGAUCUUUUCUUAUCUGUUUGACAAUUAAUGUGAAAAUGUAUAUUAAGGUUGUUGUAUGGAUCUAAUAUAUCCCAACUUAAAUUAUUAUAAACUAGAUUAAUAGUUGAGCU